AUGGAGUAUGUGGCAGCCCUAGGCCCCAGGCCAGGGGCCCCACCUCGGGCCACCAAGAAUGUUCUGCCGCGGGCCGAGACCGGGCUGCCAGGAGUCCCUGGGGGUGCCCCAACCUGGGCCACCAACCUCGGGACAGAGGUUCUCUCAGAUCUAGAGCUGAGUGAGGAGCAGCGGCUGCAGGUCUGCAAGGAGCUGGUGGAUCUGCAGAUCAAAACCCAUCGCCUGAAGGAGCAACACGAGGCUGAAAUCUUCGAGCUGAAGAGUGAGGUCCUGUGGCUGGAGAGCCGGGUGCUGGAGCUAGAACUGCACGGAGAGCAGGCAGCCCUAGCAGAAGCUAAUCCGGGGCACUGCCAGGCACUGGCACUGGAGCUUGGGCACAAGGCCUGGGGGCAGGGACACUCUGAUCACCACAGACUCCAGGCACAGCCCAAGGACUUCCUGACCGCUGAGAACGAGCAGCAGAAGCUGGGGCAUGGUCCGCAGGGAGAAGUAAGUCGGGCGCCAGAGCAGCACAGGGCUCGGCAGCAGGCACUGGAGACGCAUGUGGCAGCCCUGGGCUGGCAGCUGCAGGGAGCCCAGGAGGAGGCCAGGACAGCUGGGCAGCAACUGGCUGCACAAGCCUUGGUAUUGUCUGCCUGCCGGGGCCAGCUCCACCAGGCUGAAGCAGAGAACACCCGGCUGCAGCUGCAACUCAAGAAGCUGAACGAGGAGUACGCCAUCCGACUGCAGCACUGCGCCCAAGCCGCGGCUGAGUAUGCAGAUGUUGCAGGCCCGAAGCCUGCAUCCACAGCCCUUCGGACAUUCCUGGAAACCACUCUGGAGGACAUUCGGGGGGCACAUCACAGCCGUGAGCAACAGCUGGCCCGGGCUGCUCACACCUACCGCAAGCGCCUGGCAGAUCUGAGUCGGAGGCACGAGGAGCUGCUGGCUGCCCACAGUGUGCAACAGGUGCUGGUGGAUCCCAACGGGGCACCCAGGAUCCCCAAGGCUACCUCUGGUACAGCCACCUCAGACAUGGAGCCGCUGCCCCUGCGCGUGGUCACCAAAUUCAGCCACCUGAGGGAGGACCAGGCUAGGCUGGAGAAGCAGCUCCAGAAGCUCCAGUCCCAGAAAGAACCCAGUGAAGCCUCUCAGGGGGGCCCAUUAGAGCCACAGGGCCUGGAAGCUGCAUCCUGGGCCCAGAUCCGCCAGAUGCUACAGGACUUCUCCCGUGGCACCCAGGUAGUGGGCAAAUCCUGGCCAGAGGCCCUUCCUCACACUGUGCCCGGGCUCAUGGCUUAUGUUCCCCCAUUCCAGGCAGAGCUGGAAAGGGAGAGAGCACAACUGCUAGUCCGAGCCACGAUGGCUGAGGAGCAACUUUCUGAGCUACAAGAGUAUGUGGACCAGCACCUGGGCAGGUACAAGCAGGAGAUCCUGAGGCUGAGGAAGCUGGUGGGUACAGGGAACCCCUGGAAAGCGGGGGCCACACCUCCAGCCAAGCCGCAGCACCCAAGGACUCGCAGCCGUUAG